AAACUACUCAGACAUAAUUUCUCUCUCAUCCUCAUCUAUCUUUCUAACUGGUUUUUAUUUUUACGCACUACUGUUCUCCUUCCAUUUCCUAUUUCCCAUCGGAAAACCCUAGUUUUAACUUGUAGCAUCCUCCAUUCCAAGUAUGUUGAUGGAUAGAGAUCAGGAGGUAUUUCAUCACCUUAUUCGAUUCUCGUUAAUUACUUGAAACUAUCGCUUAAGUAUUUCGACUGUUUCAUCCGCACCAAGGAUUGUUUUGCUCACAUGCUGUUAGCUCAAUUGGAUUUCAAAUAAAUCAAGCCCUUCCUUUUCCUGACUGCCUUGAAUUGCUUUGUUUCAUCGGUUACUUUGAUCUUUGCAAGGUCCAUAUACCAAAACGCAUGUUGUCUUCACGUUGCUCUUUAUUGUCACUGUUGAUCGUAAGGAUUUAUGAAUCAGAUUUCGGAUUUGGGCUACCCUUUGAUCAUAUUCAAAACUCCCAAGUAAAACUGUUCGUGCUGCUUUCUUAAAGUUUUUCUUUUGCAGGCAGGACUUUUGUUUUAGAUUGUUGAUAGUGUAAUGCAGAGAUAAUGGAAGCUAAUGGUUGUGAUGAUAAUAACUUGGAUACCGAUGUGCUUCUGCCGCCAAGGAAGAGACUUCUAGCCGGAUUGAAGAAACAGAACUGUGAUAUCAAUCUACACUCCCCAUCCUCAUCAUAUGACAUGGGCAAUAAUGUUACUGGUAUUGAAUUUGUCACCCGUCUAAAUAAAUUGUUGAGAUCUCAUUUGAGUAACAACAGUCUCUCAAAUGAAGAGAUCAUUGAGGCCUCAAGAGUUGAUGCCGCUGAAGCAGCUAAGGCUGCAAGAAAUGCCAAAGCUUUUGCUGAAGAGAAAGCUGCAAAGGCAGCAAAAGCAAUAAUGGCCGCUAAGGCUGCUUUAGAAUUAGUCUCCAAUAGUGAUGAAGAAGCCGCUAGUAGAAAUAGUCAGUCAAAGAAGAACAAGAUGAAGAAGCAUGUUGCAGUUCAUACAUUGUACAAUAAGAAUAAAGCGGCUGGAAGUUGUAUGUCGGAUGAAGAACUGGCUAAGAAGUUGCAUAGGGCCAUAAACAGUUCCUCCAGAACUCGCAAGCAACACAAGAGGCUCAAAACUUUGCCACUCUGUGAAACAUCUAAGGUUUCUUCUACUUCUAUUGAAAGAAUAAUUCAAGCUGAUAGAUCAAAGAUGGAAAAUGGAGAAGGGUUACAAGUUAGUAAGUCGAACUUCAUUGUGGUGGAAAGUGGGAAAGAAGUGGCAAAUGACUUAAAGAAAGUAGAUGAAGAAUAUGUGCACAAUUUUGGUAGUGUUGGGAAAAAGAAAGGAAGGUUUAAACAGAAAAAGUUACCCCUUAGCAUUUGUAAUUUUAGAGAUCAAGCAAGCCCCCAAGAAAAAGUGAAAUCUAAAACUUCAUGUCCAAUUAGAGAGAAUGUGAUCAUGGCCACUUCUACAGCGACUAACAAUAAAUCCUUAUUUCCUGUUGAGAGAACGCCGACGUGGAAAUGCCAAGCAUUCAAGGAACCUACUACUUGCCUCAACCAAAAUAAUCCCAUGCACUCAUAGUAUUUAGGUUUCUAUUUCAAGAGGACCGCCUACCAAGGUGUAGUUUGAUGUCAGAGGUAAGCUCAUUUACUAAUGCAUCUUUUUUGGUGCUUGCUUACUUGGAAGUUGUACAUUUUAAGUUCGUCCGCCUCUUUACCUGGUACAGAGAAAAGCAAAAAUACUAGUUGAAUAAAUAAUCAAAUGAGCUUUUGUUGUAAUAAAUGUUUGGCAGGGCUCUAAUUAGCGUGUGUGGAUUGCUAUUGUUGGGAACUUCUUGUCUUUGCCCGAGGACGUUCCAAGUCAUGGUCAGCAGUUUCUGAAGUGUAAUUUUGGUCACCAUCUACACCAGCAGUAGUUUUUAUAAUGUAUAAGAGACAAUUGGCAUUAGUUUUUAUAAUGUAUAAGAGACAAUUGGCAUUUGUGGCUGUUUAUAUAUUUGAUAUAGCUCUGUAAAGAAUCAUUAUAUCAUUUUUUCUGACCACCUUGUUUAGUUAUGUUAUACUGAUGAUAUUUUCGUGAAACACUUGAGAACUUGAGGCUACUUGCUCCUAUGGAUUCGGAUUUUUUUUUCACAUUUUGUAUUUCAUUUCCUUGUUUG